AGCGCUCCUGCGGGCACUGUAGUGGCGGCGGCGGCUGGUGGCGCCGAGCGGGAGCGGGACGCCGGUGCAGCCGCAGCGCGACGAGGAAGGCGGGCUGCGCGCGGAGCCGGGCGGUCACGUCCGGGCUGGACCGAGACUGUGCUUAGCGCAUUGCGGCGACCUCGCCUUUCCCGGCCGCAAGCGCGCGCCGCAGCUGGAAGAGCGGCGGGGAUCCGGGACUUUUCUCGGGUCCCAAGGCGCUCCGCAGGGCGCACCGCACCCGUGCUGCAGUCCGGCGCUCCGUGGCCCCCGCGGGGCGAUGGAACCCGGUCGGCCAGCAGCCUGAGGCGCCGCCGCCGGGUUCUAGAGAAGGGGGCGCACGUUCUGGGGACCCCGGGCGGCGGACCCGAGCCCUCCCCCCGCGCCCCGCCUCCGGGGCACCAGCUUCGGCUCCAUUGUUCCCGCCCGGGCUGGAGGCGCCCGGCUCCGAACGCCGCCGGGAGUCGUGCCUCGGCCGCAGACCUCUUGCCGCCAGGCCAGGACCCGAACGGAGCCCGGGGACAACGGGCCGGAGCUGGAGACGCCGACACCCAGCGGGUCGCCUGCGCCUCGGCGAGCUCUCCAGAGGCGGAACCGCAGCGCCAAGUGAGAGUCAGCUUGAGAAGGCAGAUCAAGCUCAAGGUGGAGUAUCCAUGGAGGUGUGGAGCCUUGUUACCAACUUCUAACUGCAGAACUGGGAUGUGGAGCUGGAAGUGUCUCCUCUUCUGGGCUGUGCUGGUCACAGCCACACUCUGCACUGCCAGGCCAGCCCCAACCUUGCCUGAACAAGCUCAGCCCUGGGGAGCCCCUGUGGAAGUGGAGUCCCUUCUGGUCCACCCUGGUGACCUGCUGCAGCUGCGUUGUCGGCUGCGGGACGAUGUACAGAGCAUCAACUGGCUGCGGGACGGGGUGCAGCUGGUGGAAAGCAACCGCACCCGCAUCACAGGGGAGGAGGUGGAGGUGCGGGAUUCCGUCCCUGCUGACUCUGGCCUCUACGCUUGCGUGACCAGCAGCCCCUCUGGCAGCGACACCACCUACUUCUCCGUCAAUGUCUCAGAUGCACUCCCCUCCUCAGAGGAUGAUGAUGAUGACGACGACUCCUCCUCAGAGGAGAAAGAGACAGAUAACACCAAACCAAACCGUAGGCCUGUAGCUCCAUACUGGACAUCCCCAGAAAAGAUGGAAAAGAAACUACAUGCCGUGCCGGCUGCCAAGACUGUGAAGUUCAAAUGCCCAUCCAGUGGGACACCCAACCCCACUUUGCGCUGGCUGAAAAAUGGCAAAGAAUUCAAACCCGACCACAGGAUUGGAGGCUAUAAGGUCCGUUACGCUACCUGGAGCAUCAUAAUGGACUCCGUGGUGCCCUCUGACAAGGGCAACUACACCUGUAUCGUGGAGAAUGAGUAUGGCAGCAUUAACCACACCUACCAGCUUGAUGUUGUGGAGCGGUCCCCUCACAGGCCCAUUCUGCAGGCAGGGUUGCCUGCCAACAAGACAGUGGCCCUGGGCAGCAAUGUGGAGUUCAUGUGUAAGGUGUAUAGUGACCCACAGCCCCAUAUCCAGUGGCUAAAGCACAUCGAGGUGAAUGGGAGUAAGAUUGGCCCGGACAACCUGCCUUAUGUCCAGAUCCUGAAGACUGCUGGAGUUAAUACCACCGACAAAGAGAUGGAGGUGCUCCACUUACGAAAUGUCUCCUUUGAGGAUGCAGGGGAGUAUACGUGCUUGGCGGGUAACUCUAUCGGACUCUCCCAUCACUCUGCAUGGUUGACCGUUCUGGAAGCCCUGGAAGAGAGACCAGCCGUGAUGACUUCGCCCCUCUACCUGGAGAUCAUCAUCUACUGCACUGGGGCUUUCCUUAUCUCCUGUAUGGUGGGCUCUGUCAUCAUCUACAAGAUGAAGAGUGGCACCAAGAAGAGCGACUUCCAUAGCCAGAUGGCUGUGCACAAGCUGGCCAAGAGCAUCCCUCUGCGCAGACAGGUAACAGUGUCAGCUGACUCCAGUGCCUCCAUGAACUCUGGGGUUCUUCUGGUUCGGCCUUCACGACUUUCCUCCAGUGGGACUCCCAUGCUAGCUGGUGUCUCUGAAUACGAGCUUCCUGAAGAUCCUCGCUGGGAGCUGCCCCGAGACAGACUGGUCUUAGGCAAACCUCUUGGAGAGGGCUGCUUUGGACAGGUGGUAUUGGCAGAGGCCAUCGGGCUGGACAAAGACAAACCCAACCGUGUGACCAAAGUGGCUGUGAAGAUGUUGAAAUCUGAUGCAACAGAGAAGGACUUGUCAGACCUGAUCUCAGAGAUGGAGAUGAUGAAGAUGAUCGGAAAGCACAAGAACAUCAUCAACCUCCUGGGGGCCUGCACGCAGGAUGGUCCUCUGUAUGUCAUUGUGGAGUAUGCCUCCAAGGGCAACCUUCGAGAGUAUCUGCAGGCCCGGAGGCCCCCUGGGCUGGAAUACUGCUACAACCCCAGCCACAACCCUGAAGAACAGCUGUCCUCCAAGGAUCUGGUAUCCUGUGCCUAUCAGGUGGCCCGGGGCAUGGAGUAUCUUGCCUCAAAGAAGUGCAUACACCGAGACCUGGCUGCCAGGAAUGUCCUGGUGACAGAGGACAACGUGAUGAAGAUUGCAGACUUUGGCCUAGCUCGAGACAUUCACCACAUCGACUACUAUAAAAAGACUACCAAUGGCCGGCUGCCUGUGAAGUGGAUGGCACCUGAGGCAUUGUUUGACCGGAUCUACACCCACCAGAGUGACGUGUGGUCUUUUGGUGUACUUUUGUGGGAAAUCUUCACUCUGGGUGGCUCCCCAUAUCCUGGUGUGCCUGUGGAGGAACUUUUCAAGCUGCUGAAGGAGGGUCAUCGAAUGGACAAGCCCAGUAACUGCACCAAUGAGCUGUACAUGAUGAUGCGGGACUGUUGGCAUGCAGUGCCUUCUCAGAGGCCUACCUUCAAGCAGCUGGUGGAAGACCUGGACCGCAUUGUGGCCUUGACCUCCAAUCAGGAGUAUCUGGACCUGUCGAUGCCUCUGGACCAGUACUCUCCCAGCUUUCCCGAUACCCGGAGCUCUACCUGCUCUUCAGGGGAGGACUCUGUCUUCUCUCAUGAGCCGCUACCAGAGGAGCCCUGUCUGCCCCGACACCCUACUCAGCUUGCCAAUGGUGGACUUAAAAGACGCUGACUACCAACCCUCCCCAGUCCUUCUUCAAAUCUAUCAUUACCUACGCCCCUCAUCCACGGUUCCCUGCUGGACACACUGCCUUUCCCCUUCUUCCUUCCUGCUGGCAGGAGCCAGUGCCUACCUGAGGCCUUCUUGUGUGGCCUACCUCUCCUGUCCCAGCUCCCUCUUUCUCCUCUUCUCAACCUGCUGUGUGAGAGAGGUGCAGAGGCAGGUACUUGGUGGUGGUCACUUCUUUCUUCCGAGGUGUUGGACCAAGAUGCUGCCCUGCUGCCUGGCACUGCUGGGAGGUCUGGGGAGUGGAAUGAACUGGCGUGCAAGUGAGAGCUGACAGGCUUGUUCUUGUUGACCCAGUAGCCCCUUGUGUUCUGGUUGCAGGUGCCCUGGGUCUUCCACAGCAAUGAGAUCACUGCUCAGGCCUUAAUUGAAGGCAACCUCUGCUCCAGAUGGCUGGUACCAGUGGCUUCUUAAUUCCAAUACUAAUUUGCUUUGCUGACCAAAUACCUGGUACCAGAAGAUGGUGUAGUAGAGCCUGGGAGCAGUGAUGUGGCCCUGGGGCCCAGCCCUGGACUAGGGACUCUGUACAUAGCUAUGAAGAAAACACAAAGUGUAUAAAUCUGAGUAUAUAUUUACAUGUCUUUUUAAAAGGGUUGUUACCAGAGAUUUACCCAUUGGGUGAGAUGCUCCUGGUGGCUGGGAGGCAUCAGUUGCUAUAUAUUAAAAACAAAAAAAGGAAAAUGUUUUUUAAAAGGUCAUAUAUUUUUUGCUACUUUUGCUGUUUUAUUUUUUUAAAUUAUGUUCUAAACCUAUUUUCAGUUUAGGUCCCUCAAUAAAAAUUGCUGCUGCUUCAUUUUUA